CAGAUCACGAAUUGCGAAUUUGCGCAAACACCAACUUAACCCCCAUCUUGAGUUCCCGCCUUACUCUCUGCUCCUCAGUCUCUACCCAUAUCACUGCUUCUUAGAUAUGCGGUAGUGCUAUCGUCCCUGUCCUCAUACUUUUCCCUUACUACGUAAACUCGGAAGCCCACUUGGAAGAGUUGACGUGGAAAUGGCGCAGGUCAUUGCGAACUCGGGCCAUGAUGAUAUGAUUCACGAUGCGGUCCUCGAUUACUAUGGCCGACGACUUGCGACCUGUUCAAGCGACAAGACUAUCAAGAUCUUUGAGAUUGAAGGCGACCAACACCGGUUAACAGAGACGUUGAAAGGCCACGAAGGCGCCGUCUGGUGCGUGUCCUGGGCCCAUCCGAAAUUCGGCACUUUGCUGGCCUCCUCCUCCUAUGACGGCCGCGUGCACAUCUACCGCGAAACGCCCUCACAACAAUCGCAGCCGGGCCAACAGUCACAGUCCUCAUGGACCCUCGUCUUCACGAGCACAUUCCACACCGCCUCGGUAAACAUGGUUUCUUGGGCACCACCGGACCUUGGCUGUCUGCUGGCGUGCGCCUCGUCGGACGGCAACGUCUCGGUCCUCGAGUUCCGCGACAACCAGUGGGGGCACAUCAUCUUCCCGGCGCACCCCAUGGGCGUGAACGCGGUGAGCUGGGCGCCGUCUGCCCCUCCGGGCGCCAUCACGCGGAAAGACCCCGGCACCGCGGGCAGUGGCGGGCUGGUCAAGCGGUUCGUCACGGGCGGGAGCGACAACAGCGUCAAGCUGUGGGAGUUCAACCCGCAGACUAGCACGUACGAGAACGUGCUGGUCCUGCCUAACGGACACGCCGACUGGGUCCGCGACGUCGCCUGGUCGCCCACCCUGCUCAGCAAGUCGUACAUCGCCAGCGCGAGCCAGGACAAGACCGUCAGGAUAUGGACGUGCACCAACAUGGGCUCCGGCGCCGGAAGCGUGGGGGACUGGACGCUGGCCAAGACGUUGGAGUUUGACGCCGUGACCUGGCGCGUGAGCUGGAGUCUGAGCGGGAACGUGCUCGCCGUCUCUGGGGGCGACAACAAGGUCACCCUCUGGAAGGAGGACUUGAAAGGCAACUGGGAGUUGGUCAGGGAGGUUACCGAGUAAGAGGUACCUAGGUCAUCGGGGUGGUGGUGGAAUGUCUUAGAAUCAAUGUCCGCCGUCCUUGAGCUGUGCGAUCUAGUGCCAGGGGAAAAAAGUUCCAGAGAUAUCAUGGAAAAGGCGACUCUACUGACGUUGUCUUCGGGGGCUUAAAGCUGUCCUUAGCGGAGAUCUCUAUGGCUUCCGAGCAAGCAUCUGAUACGCAAAAAAUAGGCGAUGAGAAGGCUUUGAUAGAUUAACUCACUAUCGAAGGCUCCUCCACGUCUGGACUAUACCGCAUGAUGCAUGUCAAAUUUCCCACCGGGCUGCGUGAACGAGGAACGGGUCGAGACAUGCAUAAACUGAGAGGAGUAACCGGCGCCAUUGUUAUUGUUAUUUUCUCUACUGCUCCUAUCGAUGCAGCGAAUAGCCCUUCCAC